AUGUCGACGUUGAAACCAAAAUCUUCGAACAAUAACUUGAAAGUGAGGUCAAGGCCAAGACGUAAGUCUUCCAUAGGGAAGAUCGAUCUUGGAGACACUGUACCUAGCUUGGGUACCAUGUUCGAGACAAAAGAAUCGAAAACAGCUGCCAAAAGGCGUAUGCAAAGAUUGUCUGAAGUUACCAAAAAUGAUAGUGACCUGGUUAAGAAAAUCUGGUUUUCAUUUAGAGAGAUAAGUUAUCGUCACGCCUGGAUAGCUCCCUUGCUGAUUCUGGUUGCGGUAUAUAGUGCCUAUUUCACUUCUGGUAACACCACAAAGACAAACGUACUACAUAGAUUCGUUGCUGUAUCAUAUGAGGUUGAUGACACGAACGUAUAUGGCAAAGGUGUUAACGAUCUAUGCUUUGUACUUUACUAUAUGAUCUUUUUCACAUUUCUACGUGAAUUCCUGAUGGACAUUGUCAUUAGACCAUUUGCAAUCAGACUGCACGUGACAUCGAAACACAGAAUGAAGAGAAUCAUGGAACAAAUGUAUGCCAUCAUCUACACUGGCAUUUCCGGGCCCUUCGGGUUAUAUUGUAUGUACCAUUCGGAUUUAUGGUUUUUCGAUACAAAGGCAAUGUACAGAACGUAUCCAGACUUUACCAAUCCCUUUUUAUUCAAGGUAUUCUAUCUGGGUCAGGCAGCCUUCUGGGCGCAACAAGCGUGCAUUCUAGUGCUGCAACUGGAAAAGCCAAGAAAAGACCAUAAUGAAUUGACCUUCCAUCAUAUUGUUACUCUGCUAUUAAUUUGGUCUUCUUACGUCUUCCAUUUCACCAAAAUGGGGCUGCCAAUCUAUAUCACAAUGGACGUUUCCGACUUUCUUUUGUCAAUUUCCAAAACUUUAAAUUAUUUGGACUCCGGCAUAGCAUUUAUCUCUUUUGCCAUUUUUGUCGUGGCAUGGAUUUAUUUGCGUCAUUACAUAAAUUUGAAGAUUUUAUGGUCCGUUUUAACACAAUUCCGCACAGAAGGUAACUACGUUUUGAAUUUCGCUACUCAGCAAUAUAAGUGUUGGAUCUCCUUACCAAUUGUCUUCGUGUUAAUAGGCGCCUUACAAUUGGUGAAUCUGUAUUGGUUAUUCUUGAUUUUUAGAGUUCUUUACAGAAUUCUAUGGAGAGGUAUUCUUAAGGAUGACAGAAGCGAUAGUGAAUCGGAUGAUGAAAGUGAUGAAAGCACUACUACACCAACUGAUAGUACUCCUACGAAAAAAGACAUUUGA